UUCGAUAGGCUCCAUGAUCUACUCAACUCGUCUUCCAUCGCUCGCCAGCAUGCCAGGUUCUCCGCAAUAUUUCUCCCUUCAGUCACUUUUCAUAGGCACUCCUCUUUUGCACGACUCAGCCCUCGAGAGCUGAGUAUGGCCGAGUUGCAGAGCCGGCGUCGAGUCAGACUCGAGCGUGUGCAACAGUUGGGCCUCUUGGCGGGUCUCGUAAUGCAGAACUCGACAGCCACGACGGAGAAGUGUCGUGAGGAGGGAUGCUACAGACGCAAUCACUAUGAUCAAGGCAACUCACCAAGCCCCUCUUCAGCUCGCAUGUGCUCUUCUUGUCUGUCUCAGUUUCAUCUCUCACCUGACGACGGCUCGAACUCUCGAAUGCGGGGAGUACACUAUGCAAUGCCUGUAAGUCACUCAGUCACGAAUGCCUACUUUUGUUGUCAACAUCACAACUUUACUUCAGAGUCUGGCUCGUCUUUGUGGUAUCAAUGUCGAGAUCUUGGCCGGUGGAACGACAACAGUUCCUUUCUUGAAGCAUCAGCAGGACUGCUCUGCAGACAGAGCAAUAAGAUCCAUGCUCGUUUAUCUCAGUUUAAAAUGAAACGCGUCCUUCAAUCGCUUAUGUCUCAAUAUUGA